AUGUUUUGGGAAAUAACAGAGGGCGAGAUUGCUCACCAUCCUUCACUUACCAGCCUCGCCCAGGCUAUCGAAGAAGGCUGUUUCCUAUGUCGCUAUUUAGAGGACCGCUUGGAGUACCACGACAUUGACAUGAAACAGCCUGAUCCCGAUCGCUGUACACGGUGGCGCGUGCAUGAAAACGAUCCGAAUUGGAGUGUGAACGAUGUUCGCUGCUUUGAUGUAUGUUCCUGGGACAAGGGCCAUUCCGAUCAUGCAGAAGUCCAGUUGCAAUGCUUCUCUCUCAGAUCUAAUUUCAUCCGCGCUGACCCUGCCAGCUCGUCUGAGAAGAAUAUGGAUAGCUCUAUUUCGAUCUUCUCAAGCUUUACGGGUUCAGACCAGACGGUAUCGCAAAUCAAAAAAUGGCUCGAGAUAUGCACAUCAACGCAUGAUUCAUGCGGCUACCAGCGCAAGAACCUAUGGAUGCCAUCGCGUUUACUCCAACUCUGUGACCUGGACAAAGAACCGAAAGUUCGCUUACGGAGCAGUUCGGAAUUAGAGAGCGAACGUUACCUCACUCUCAGUCAUUGCUGGGGCGCUAAGGGCAGCCAAAAACUGCAGCUCACCAAGGAAACUGUAGAAGAUUUUCACCGAGGAAUUGCUGUUUCAACCCUGCAAAAGACAUUCCAGGAUAUGGCCAAUGUCACUGCUCGUCUUGGAUUCCGAUACUUCUGGGUAGACUGUAUGUGUAUACUGCAGGACGAUCCCGAAGACUGGAGACGCGAGUCUAGUUUAAUGGGAACAGUGUACGCAAACAGCUGGCUCAAUAUAUCGGCGACAUGGGCAACGGAUAGCAGCUAUGGUUGUUUCACCCACCGCGAUCUUUCGCGAGACUAUCUUUCCGUGGAAGAGCCCACGAAUGGGUCGGAGAGGAAGAAGAAUUGGAUAUUGACGUCGACAUACGACUGGUCGGGUCAAGUAGAGCAAGCGCCGGUGAACGAAAGAGGUUGGGUCCUACAAGAGCGCAUCCUAUCUCCCCGCAUUGCGCAUUUCACGGGAACUCAGGCCGCUUGGGAAUGUCAGAAGCUGCAAGCCACAGAAACAUCUCCUGAUGGGAUUAUACUUCAGCAAGCCUUGUACAAACAAUACCGGUAUAAUCUAGCCGUCGACAAUUCUAUCAAGCACGACGGCCAUGAAGAUACUGAGUAUUAUUGGAGUCGUAUACUGUACAAGUACACAUCGUGUCAGUUGACUUUCAGUACUGAUAGGUUGAUCGCCUUGUCUGGGAUCGCACGAAAAAUCAACGAAAGUAGACCAUGCGAUUAUAUGGCGGGUCUAUGGAGCAAAGACCUGCCUCACUGUCUCCUGUGGACGUAUUGGGACCCAAGUCCUCAACCGAAGACCUAUAUCGCCCCUUCUUGGAGCUGGGCAUCUAAAUCGGGAGAAGUUAUAAGUUCCGGAUUUGCAGAUCGAGACAAGUCGACUGCGUACAUGACGGUACUUGACUAUGCCAUAACACUCCGCAACCCAGAGGAUCCAUAUGGUCAGAUAACAGACGCAUUCAUUAAAGUGCGAGCGAGAUUGGGAAUAGCAAGGUGGAAUGAAAUGGAAUUUUCAAAGAAGCAAGGCGAGGAUGUUUCCAUUAAGCUAUUGGUGCCUGAUGCACAUUGCGGAACGGGGACUUCUACGUCGACACUAAGAUUCUUGGAGGGUGCAAUCGUUCUUGAUCAUGAUGGGGAUUCUGAUCUGGAGGAAGCAUAUUUUGCAGGCGUAAGCACAAACCUUGGGUUUCCAGUGGAGGAAGUGAACAAGAAUGAAAGUAGCAAAACCACGGCAUCUCAACGCGACAGAUAUCUCGGUGGGCUACUGCUCCGGCGUCUACCGUGCUCGCGGUUCGAACGUGUAGGACUCCUAAGGUUGGACUUGCAUCACAAUUAUGACCCUUGUGUUGACCUACCGGAACUAGAUAUCACCAUCAUCUAG